CCCCCUCCCAGCAUACGUCACUCCACACCACUGCGCAAGUGUCCUCCGCCAACCCCUUGCGCCUUCCGCAUUGCGGCUGAUGGCGCUAAUAGCUGCCGUAGGCGCGCCAGGCGGCGCUUGCUCCGCACCGCUCCGCGCCGCCACCACCCUUGACACCCACCGCACCAGUCGCAUCGCGGUUGGCCACAACCGCAUCGACUCGCAACCACGCCACGUUUUGUCAACGGGGCGACUCGGCGGGAGAGUUGCGCUGAUUGGCGGAGGAAUACCCGACUCCACGCGAGCAUUGGCCAUCUCCCGCAAGGUCUGCGGGCGCAGCUCCGCGCGUCUUCCGCCCAGGAGGCUGGUCACCCACGCGGGGGCGCUUGGAGGCGGAGAUGGCGAGGGAACGGCGGAAAACGAGGGGAAAGGGGGGCGCGCUCCCGCGGAAUGGGUGGCGGGGGAGGCGGAGGCGGACCUAGACGCGCCAGUGCUACGAGUGAUGCGGGAGCGGCGGGAGCAGGGGAACGCAGGCGGAGCAGCAGCGGGGGGCAGGGGGGAGCAGUCUAGCGCGACAACAGCAGCAGCAGCAGCAGCAGCAGGCGCGACACCAAGACAACAACCACCAACAGUAGCUGAAGCGCUAGCAGCAGCGGCAGCAGCAGUGGCGACCAGCGAGUCAAAGGGAGCCAUUGGGCGGGACUGGGCAGCCACGUGGGAGGCCGUGACUAAAGCGAGGGACUUGCUGGAUGCGCGAGAGGGGCGAGACGGACGGGGCGCAGGGGAGAAUACCGCUGGGGGGUUACUUGACGCCUCGCCCUGGGAAUAUCCUACCCAGGCUGGUACUGGAGCUUACAAUAACGGGUAUGGCGCUAGAGACCCUCUAGGGAAUGCAGAAGAGGCGGCAAGACUGGCGAUUAUCCGCGGGUAUGAGAGGCGGGUGGAGACGAGGGCGGGCACGGUGGUGGUGCGGCCAAUGGCGGGGUGCCACGUGGCAGCGCUGACAGAUAUGCUGACAGAGUCGUUCAUGGACUACAUGGGCGGCUUGACGUUCAAACCGCUGCUGCGCAUGCAGAUCUCCGUCUACGUGUCAGGCCGGCUCCUCAUUGUGCCAGACGGCGUGAUGCUAGUGGCCACACUGGAACAACCCUCUCACUCCUCCAACAGUGACCCAGACACCAACUCCCCAACCUCCUCCUCCUCCUCCUCCUCCUCCUCCUCCUCCUCCUCCUCCUCCUCCUCCUCCUCCUCCUCCUCCCCUUCAUCUGACGUCCGUCGCUACAGCCUGCAGGAGCAGCCGCUACAGCCGGGCACAGCAGCAGCAACAGCAGCAACGUCACCACCACCGGAGGGUCCGGUGGUGGGCGUGGUGGAGCUGUCCCUCACACGCAAGGCGCGCCCCGCCUUCGCCACUCUCGACCCCCCCGCUGACGCCGCAUACCUCUGCAACAUGGCUGUGGCGCACCAGUACAGGCGCCUGGGCAUCGCGCGCGUGCUACUAUCCGCAGUGGAGGACCUAGCAGCAUCCCUGGACGCGACGUCCAUGUGCCUGCACUGCCGCUUGGUGGACACCCCGCCCUUCCUGCUCUACUCCUCCGCGGGCUACACCACUGUGCAGGAGGACCACCCCCUGGCGCCACUGCUCACCUUCCAGCGCAGGAGACGACUCAUGCAGCGCCGGCUGUGGGGGGGACAGAGUGGGGGAGAGGAGGGGUGGGGAGAGAGAGAGGGAGGGUUGGAGAGGAGUGGUGAGGGUGAGGUGUGGAGAGAGGAUGUGGGGUUGUGACUGGAGGUGGAGGGUGAUGUGGAGGCGAGGGUGGCGUAAUCUAAGCACAUGUGUUGGAGUGCGUAGUGCAGACGGGUGCCAUUUUGGGUUGGACGAAGUGGCUGCUGUCAAACAUAUAUGCAUAUGUUAUUAUAGGCUAGAUAGGUGCAUGCUCUUAGAGAGUACAACUCACUAGCACAAAGUCAUCUUGUACCCUCCAUUCUAGGCAAUGCGUUAUUCUGAGAUG